UCGUUGUUCACCGUGUACAGCUCACGGCAGAAUAUUAAGGUAGAGUUGCAUAAAUACUGCAGAGGCUACCUCCCUGCUAGAGAAUCAUUCCGCGAACAGGAAGAAGGACAUAUUUACCUUGUAAAGCGUAAAAUGAAGCGUUUUGUUUUCGUUUUUUGGUUUGCUGUGGAUUUUCAAUGUGUCCUUAAUUCCCCGACUCUUGGAUCCAAAAAUAAUCCCAGACUUCUGACCAAAGAUAUAAUCAAUGAUGUAUUUGAAUACCAGGUCUAUCAGAACCACAGUGUGUUCUUCUAUCAUGAUAACUUUGAGGAGAUGUACGUUGGAGGCACGGAUUUUGUGUUCAAACUUGAUGUGGAUGACUAUCAUAUUAUAGAGAAAUUUCUUCUGAAAACCCACUGUCAAGACGGCCAGUGUGCAAAUGUCAUCACUGUGAUCGAGAAGUUUCAGGACAGCCUGUUUGUCUGUGGAACAAAUGGACACAAACCACAGUGUUGGAAGCUUGUAAGUUUUUCUUCAGUAAACAACCAGUCUCAUGAAAUAGUGGAGAGUUAUGAGGGGACUGGCAUCUCUCCGUUUGUGUACACACAUAACUCCAUAUGUCUCACGAUAGAGGGGGAUCUAUAUUCAGCAGCACCUUUGAAUGCUGAUGGAAGUUCAUUACAAUUCAGACGGAAAGCUGGCAGCAGAACUAAUGUCUGGAUGUAUGACAACUGGGUCUCAGAGCCCACGUUCAUCUCUGCGUCCUGGGUGAAGCGUAGGGAAGACCCUGACAACGAGAAAAUCUACAUCUUUUUCCGUGAAAAGAACUCUGAUCACAACCGGGAGGCUGACCCCUGGAUAUCGAGGGUUGCCAGAGUUUGUAAGGUAGAUGAAGGCGGAUCAAAAAGAUUCUUCCAAAACAUGUGGACAUCUUUCCUCAAAGCGCGGCUUGUCUGUGGGUUUCCAGAGGAGUCGCUGUAUUUCAACCGACUCCAAGACAUUUAUGUGAUGCAUGCUGAGGACUGGCAUGACACAAGAAUCUAUGCCCUGUUCACAAGCAGCUGGAACUCAACUGCAGUGUGCAUCUAUUCAAUUGGAAUGAUUGAAGAAAUAUUUGAGAACUCAACUUUCAAGGGCUACAACGAAGUCAUUCCCAAACCAAGGCCGGGAACGUGUGUAAAAAACAGCAGGACCCUGCCACUGGCCACUGUCAAUAUGGUGAAGGAUUACCCAGAGAUGACUGACUGGAUUCACUCUGUGCAUUAUAGAGCUCCAUUUUAUAUAAGCAGCAACAACUACACCAAGAUAGCUGUGGACCGAGUCCAGGCAGCAGACCAGCACAUGUAUAACGUUCUGCUUCUGGCUACUGAUUCGGGAAAGAUCCAUAAAGUCUUAGAGGCUGGGUCGGAACCUUUCAUCAUCUCUGAAACACAACUCUCCAGCCGUUCAGCCAUACAAUCAAUGAAGCUGGACUCCAAAAAGAAAAGGUUAGUGGUGGGUUUUUCGGAGAAGAUUUCUAUCAUGGAUCUCCAGACGUGUCAGGAGAAUAAGUCCUGUGCAGAUUGUGUUCUGGCCCGGGACCCGUACUGUGCCUGGACGACGUUUGGAUGUACCCCAACUGUCCCUGGGGGCAUUCAGAGUAUCAUUGAUGGGAACAGUACUGUGUGUCCUUCAUCAGGAGAAGAACAAAAACAAGUAAACCGGGCCAAACGAGAGACAAGUACACCAUCACCAGUGGAUUUGAGGACAGCUCACUCGGUCCCACUGGGGGUCCCUUUCUAUCUGUCUUGUCCUAUAGACUCUUACCACGCUGUUUACACCUGGGAGCAUGGAGGCCAGAGCAGCCCUUGUCUGCAAAUGCAAUCUAACUGCCUGCACCUCAUACCCAACAUGGCACAAGAGAACUAUGGCGACUACAAGUGUCUUUCCAAAGAGAAAGACUACACUAAAGUGGUGAAAAUGUAUCAGCUUACAGAGCAGAUGAUCCCAGAUACAAAUGAAAAAACUGACAAAAGUAAUCCCUUUUUCAGAACAACUGAUGCAUCAGCUGUGGUGCAGCAGAAAGCAUGGAUCACCUUUGGACUGGCUACAUUAGUAUUGGGGAUUUUCAGAUAGGUGUAUCUGCAAUAACUACUAUUUAUACGUCACACUCCUUUCUCUUUGAAAAGCUUUUCUGUUGUUCCAGAUCUCAUGUUUAAAAAUAUAACAUUCAAAAUUCCCAGGCCCUUUGCCAUUGCCAUUGCUGUCAAGCCAGGAUGCAGGCAGAAUUAAAGGAAAUCCACUUCAACACCAGCAGGACACUCCUGCUGAAAACCUAACACCUUAUUUGUGCAAGUGGUCACACAGCUGUGUUUGGCAAAAA